ACCAUAGCUGGUAAGUAUAAUCGCUUAAGCAAUAGGGUACUUACAAUAAGCUAGUAUGAUUUCAUACGCUAGAUUAUAUAGAAACCCGAAUCUUCCCUCCCUAAGAUAUUUCCCGGCAACAUUUUAAACCCUAAUUUUCUAGUUGUAUAACAUUAUUCUCCCCGCAGAGACCUAGGGUUUUUCACCGGAGCAAUUUCUACUAUAAUAAUGCCAUCCCAACCGUCGCCGGGGAAAAUCCACCGGCUAGAACUAGAAAACUUCAAAUCCUACAAAGGCUUUCAAACAAUCGGUCCAUUUUACGACUUCACAGCAAUUAUAGGCCCAAAUGGAGCCGGAAAAUCCAACCUAAUGGACGCUAUCAGUUUCGUCCUCGGCGUUCGCACUGGUCAGCUCCGUGGUGCACAGUUGAAGGACCUUAUUUAUGCCUUCGAUGACCGUGAAAAAGAGCAGAGAGGUCGAAGAGCUUUCGUGAGGCUAGUUUAUCAGCUUGCUACUGGUACUGAAAUUCAGUUUACUCGAACUAUUACUGGUGCUGGUGGUAGUGAGUAUCGGAUUGAUGGUAAAGUUGUCAACUGGGACGAGUAUAAUGCCAAAUUGAAGUCCCUUGAUAUUCUCGUCAAAGCACGGAAUUUUCUCGUCUUUCAGGGCGAUGUCGAGUCAGUUGCCUCUAAAAAUCCAAGAGAACUUACUAAUCUUCUUGAGCAAAUAUCUGGAUCUGAAGAGUUUAAGAGACGGUAUGAAGAAUUGGAAGAAGAAAAGGCAAGAGCUGAGGAGAAGAAGGCAUUGGCUUACCAGAAAAAGAAGACUGUAAAUAUGGAGCGGAAGCAGAAAAAGGAACAGAAAGAGGAAGCUGAGAAGCAUCUUCGGUUACAAGAACAACUGGUAUCAGUUUUAAUAUAUAUGUUUUGGCUGCAGCAUCUUUUGUUUUUAUCCAACUGUAAGACUACGCUUCUGGUUUUCUUGAUAGAUUCCUAUAUGCUUUUAAGUCAUGCCCCUGAUGAUUUUGCUUUUCCUGAAUAUUUGUUCUUCAAUAAUGCUUUUUCAUAUGUUUUUGGUUGGUUCAUGAAUUGUCUUUGAAUUUACCCUUUUUCCUAUGAGAUUAAGCAUAGCCUCUUUUUCUCAAAACUAGUUAGUCUAUUAUUUUUCUGCAUAAAAGUUGGGGUAAUAUUUAAAAUGAGAACUCGAUAUGUCUUUUUCCCCUAUGAGCUGCCAUUAUACAUACUUCCGUUGGUAUAAUUUUCCUGUUAUAAUAAGGUGAGAGUUUUAUCUUCUUACACAUCCUUGUCUGUUUUACUUUCUAUUAGUAAAAGGGAAAUCGGGCCUCAAAAUUUUGAAUUUUUGGGGAUAUACAUACAUGCGUAAAUACAUAUAUGUAUUUGUGUGUGUGUGUAUAUACGUAUGUAUACACGUGUGUAUAUGUAUAUGAUAAAUUAGGGAGGUACCAUAUCUGGUGGAAUAGUCAAGGUGCGCAAAGCUGGUUCGGACCCCACUAUCAUUAAAAAAUGAAAAAAGGCCAAAUAUACCCCUCUACUUCCAAAUAUUGUUUAAACCUACCCUCCGUUUCACUAUCUCGUUGUCUGAGCCCCUAGUGUUAUAGGAUAUACUAUGGAUCAAAUUUGCUCUUAUUUUUGACGGAGGGGCACAUGGCAGCGUAAAAGAUCCACCCCCAAUUUAAUCUACCUGGAUCCAUACUAACCCGUCCGGAACCCGACCAACCCCCAACAAGAGAACUAUUCAUCUAGAAAUGAAUCUAAGCUGGCACUUGUGCUAUAAGCCCUUCUAAUUGUUCUGGUUCUUGGCAUGAGUUGCGCACAAGAUUGAGACCUAUGUAAAUUCAAGAAUUGGGGACCAAAAGGAGCAGUGAUUUAGUUCAAUCUUCCGAUGCAAUAUUGAAUCAAUGUUUUUGAUAAAGUGGUAAGCUCCAAUAUAGUAAUCCAAAGCUAAUCUUAGCAGCAAAGUUCUGUGAACCCAAAACUUUCGAACCAAGCACCAGCAACAUUUUCUACUAUGAAGUUAAGCUUGAAUCCACUUAAUACAAUGAUACCCAGCUGAAUUUCUUUAA